AUGACAUCCAAUCUGGUAUUGUUUACUCACAAAAGUGUAACAAACCCGAUUUGCCUUGUGAUAUUUGAAGCGAAUAUGGAAAGUAAAUACGAAAUGACUAGUUUCAAGGAAUUUAAACCAAAGUUUAAAUAUUCAUCGGCAUCUUCUAUGUCGGAUACAUUGGGUGACUCUAGCAGCUUUAAUUCAUCCAGCUUUAAUUCAUCUGAUGGAUCAUUCAAAUCAAAUAUACAGAAUAAUAAAGAAAAGAAUUUUGAUUUAUCAAUGAGCUGUAAUGAUUUUCGUACUGACGGAAGUUUUAACAGCGAAGAACAAGAAAACUGUAACAAAAGGAAAGGAAUCAAAAAUUCAUUUUUAUCGUUCAUAAGGACAUUCAAAGAUAUAAAGAAAUGCAGAAAUUCAAGAAAUCAAAAAAGUAUUCUAAGGCAACCUACAGAAUAUGUUUAUGUGAAAGGAUUUUCCGGUGUGCCAAUGCGUGUCAUCAAAGAUUAUUCAUCUCCAAUAUCCUCUGACUAUCACUUAUAUGUUAGAAAGUUUUAA